AUGAAACCGACCGUUCGUGAAUUACUGAAACAAUUUUACGACAGAUUCGGACGUUAUCCCAAAGUCGUUCAAUUCGACGAAGGAAAUGAAUUUUACAAUAACGGGGUGAAAGGAAUAUUGCGCGAAAAAAACAUUCAUUUCUUUUCGACGCGUCUCACCGGUAAAAAAGCGGCGGUCGUCGAAAGAUUUAAUCGCACGUUAAAAACACGCAUGUGGAAAUAUUUUACCGAACAAAAAUUUACGGAAAAGAAAAAAGUGUGGAUCGAUGUUUUACCCAAUUUCGUCGCAUCGUACAAUCAUUCGAAACAUAGUACGAUUCAAAUGAAACCUGCCGACGUCAACGAACAUAAUAAAGACGAAGUCUGGAUGACACUUUACGGAUAUCCACUCUCGAAAUUUCCAGAACCAAAAUUUAAAGUCGGGGAUCGUGUCAGAGAUCAAAUUUAUCGCGACACUUUUACAAAAGGAUACACGCAAAAUUAUACCGACGAUAUCUACGUCGUAUCGGAAGUGUUUCGUAGCGAUCCCAACAUGUACAAACUCGUCGAUCCCGACGACGACGAUCGGGAAAUCGAGGGAAGAUUUUACGAACACGAAUUAUCGCCGGACUUAAGUGGUAAAUAA